AUGGCUCCCAUAACGAAAGAAGCCGAUUAUCUUGUUCUUGGUGGUGGUAGUGGUGGUCUUGGCUCGGCCCGUAUGGCCAGCUCCAAAUUCGGCGCAAAGGCAAUCGUUGUUGAAGCCGCUCGGCUCGGCGGUACGUGCGUGAACGUUGGAUGUGUUCCGAAAAAGGUUACGUACAAUGCCGCUGCCAUCGCCGAGACUCUUCGCGAGGCCAAGGCGUAUGGCUUUUCCGUCAAAGAAACAGCCCCUUUCGACUGGACCACGUUCAAAAAUAAGCGCGACGCUUAUGUUAAACGUCUGAACGGCAUCUAUGAGCGCAACCUUGAGAACGACAAGGUCGAGUACCUCCACGGCUGGGGUCGGCUGCUGUCCCGGAACCAAGUCGAGGUUAAACUGGAUGAUGGCAGCAAAGUCCUGGUCAAGGCCAAGAAGAUUCUCAUUGCCGUCGGUGGCCGCCCGAGCUCGCCUCCGCAGAUUCCCGGUGCUGAGCUGGGUGUUAACAGCGAUGGAUUCUUCGACAUUGAUAGACAGCCCAAAAAGGUUGCCAUUGUCGGCGCCGGCUACAUUGCUGUUGAGUUUGCGGGCAUGUUCAAUGCUCUCGGCACGGAAACCCACCUCUUCAUUCGUGGAAAAACCUUUUUGCGCCACUUCGAUCCCAUGAUCCAAGACACGGUCACCAAUGAGUACGAGAGGCUCGGAGUUCGCCUGCACAAGGAGUCACAGGCCACCAAGAUUGAGAAAGACGCCAACGGCAAGCUUACUGUCACCUACAAGGAUGCCGAGGGCAAGGAGAGCUCUCUCUCGGAUGUGGACAAACUCAUCUGGGCUGUUGGGCGAACUCCCAUGACCAAGGAUAUCGGUCUAGAAGAAGUCGGCGUCAAAUUGACCGACAAUGGCCACGUCCAGGUCGACGAGUACCAAAACAGCAGCGUUGACAACAUCUACGCCCUCGGCGACGUCAGCGGAGAGGUAGAGCUCACGCCCGUUGCCAUUGCCGCUGGGCGUAAACUGGCUCAGCGCCUGUUUGGACCACCGGAGUUUUCCACCCGAAAGCUCGACUACAGCAACAUUCCGUCGGUCGUGUUCGCACACCCCGAGGUCGGCAGCAUCGGCCUCUCGGAACCGCAGGCCAUUGAGAAAUACGGCAAGGACAACAUCAAGGUCUACAAGACGAGCUUCACGGCCAUGUAUUACGCCAUGAUGGAGCCUGAGCACAAGGGACCGACCAACUACAAAUUAAUCGUUACCGGCCCCGAAGAGCGAGUAGUUGGCCUGCACAUCAUGGGCCAGGGCAGUGCUGAGAUGCUGCAGGGAUUCGGCGUUGCUGUCAAGAUGGGCGCCACCAAGGAAGAUUUCGACAGCUGUGUAGCCAUCCAUCCGACCAGUGCCGAGGAGUUGGUGACUCUGAAGUAG